GUCGCUUGCCCCUCACCUGCCCUGGUAAAGUGUAGUCUCCGUCGUCUUUUCCAGCAGAAUUCCCUCCACUUAGCACAAACCCACCUUAAACAUGUACGUAAAGGAUGCACCAGUAAACCUUAAAGCUAGUGCCUCCUCGCUAUGUAAUAACCUAGCGAUUUGGCCCGUUAAAGAGAAAGAAACUAUCACUUAUGCGGUAGUACAUAAGGCGUUUGUCUGCCUUACGAAUGUCGCGAAGGGGUCGAUUCCAACUCAACGACAAGUUUCUUGCAAGGGAGAAGGUGCUCACAGCAGCUCCUCCGUGCUACAGGCUAAGUGGUGUGAGCUGCCUAAUAGAAAUGUCUUAGUAAUUGCAUCCGUCAAAGGUGUACAGAUGUUUGAUCCUGAUGGUUCAAUCAUGGUCUUCUGGCAAUCUCUGCCUCCUUGUGAGGCAACUGAAGUAUACUCUCAGUUUUCCAGGGGUAUUUGUGCUGUUGGCGAUAAAUAUAUAUGUGUUGGUUCAUCUGAUGGUGGUAUUAUGGUAUUUGAUGUGCCUGCCCGUGGUACAGGUGUUAAGCUACAGGAGACGUUGUCUAGUCACAAUGGAGCGAUCUGUGACUUGGUUAGCCAUGGAGGCAAGAUGGUGUCCAGUGAUGAAUCAGGUCACAUGAUCAUCUGGCAAUCUGGUGGACACUUUACUCAGCUUUCUCAGAUUAAAGGUUUCGGCAACCCUUGUUCAUCAAUUGCUCUCCUGCGCAACCUUGUGAUUGGAGGAUAUGGAACUGGCCACAUCAGGGUUUUCAAUGGUGCAACAGGCAAGCUACUGAUUGAAGUGUGUGCUCAUGCAAGGUGGAUAAAUGCUCUGGAUGUCGCCCCAGAUGCAGGACUGUUAUUGUCUGUGUCAGAAGACACCUUUGUGCGGGUUUGGCUAAUAAGUGGAGAGGAUGACAAACCAAAGUUUGAAAUGAAGUUCCAGCAUCCUGUAAAUGACAUCCAACUUUGUGGAGGGAAAUUCCUGGAUACUCAAGGGACAAGCUUUGGUGUCACUGGCUAUGACUUACCAGACAUUGUUGUAUUCAAGAAAUAGCCCCUUUGCUAUGACUGAGAUGGUGGUUGACAUCUUAAAGAUAUAACAAAGUCAAUAGAACAAAGAACAACACAGCUGUUAUCUAAUGCCAUUUGAGUUAGGGAGAGAAUGGUCCAGUUGAGUUGAAUUUUAGCAGAGAAUUACAUGAUAGUGUCCAAAAAGGGAGAAAGACUUAUUUAUUAUGCUAUGUUUAACCUCAUAACAGCAUACAAUUGGCAGAUCCAGAUUAUUUGUGCGUGUCGGGUGAACCUCUGGUGAGCAAAUUUAAUAAUAUGUUUCAUUUCUUGUAGCGGGCUAACCCUGGAUAUGAAGUGGGGGAAGGGGGUUAAUUGGCUAUUGAGGUCAGGUUGCUAUGUACGUCAACAGUGGAAGAGAAUGAAGGUGGUGUAUAUUGUCAAGUGCUUUUUAACAAUACAUAUUCCUUAUUAAAACCAAGCUAUUUACAA